GUGUCAAGAAGAACGGCAAACUGAGACGAGCAUGCGGUAGUGGUGCAAAAUGCAUAGAUAUACCUGGAUCUUACCUGUGCGAAUGUGCACCAGGUUAUGCCGGUGAUCCGUACGGAAAGGGUUGUGAAUUGAUGGAUGCAUGUGCUGCAUUCAAUCCGUGCGACAUUAUUACUCAGGUUUGUAAGUCAGCGAAUAACGAAGCGUAUUGCGUUUGCAAGGAAGGAUUCCUCAAUAAUGCUGUCGAUAUGUGCGUUCCGGAUCCAUGCCUUAUAGACAACGGUGGAUGUGGUAGGGAUGCGACAUGUAGACCAACAAGAGUCGAAGAACUAAUUGUGCCUAAAUGUCGUUGUCCUGUAGGAUUUGAACUGGAUUUCGAGAAUAACUGUAUACCUAUUGAUCACUGUAAAUGUCAGGUGAAGACACCAUUGGGUAUCCCAUGUAAGAGUGAAAUUAUGUGUAUCGGUGUGGAUAUGUUAUGCGUAGACUAUGGUACUGAGUACAAUUGUACUUGUCAAAGUGGCUAUACACUUUCACCCGAUGGAACGCAGUGCAUAAAUAUCGAUGAAUGCGUUGAA